UCCUCAUUCACUCCUCCACUUCCAUCCAUCCCAAGUUGAAAGAUGACCCUCCGUAUACUCUGUCUUCACGGAUACACUCAGAACGCACUCUCGUUCACCAAAAAGACUGCAGUCUUUCGCAAAUCACUCAAGGGUAUCGCUGAUCUCGUAUAUAUAACAGCACCCCAUGUUGUGCCCAUUCCAACAUUGAACACUCCCGAAGAACGCGAGAACGACCAACUGGAAGAAGACUCGGGACCUGAGGCAAUCCCAUACGGAUGGUGGACUUCAUCACCAGAAAAGCCCCAGUACAAGGGCUUUGACGAGAGCUUAGUUGGACUUCGGGAAGUCCUUGAAAAGCAGGGACCAUUCGAUGGCGUUAUGGGAUUCUCGCAAGGCGCAUCCAUGGCCAGCAUACUUCAACUGCUCCUGGAACGACCCUAUUUGUCUCCCAUCAUGAGUGGACUACAACACGACCCCUUCAAGUUUUCCAUCAUCGUGUCAGGAUUCGAACCCAGGGAUGCGGAAAAGUUGGCCUGGUACACCAACAAGUAUCCUGUUCUCGAGAAACCGCGGAAGAGGAGGAGUGAGGACGACGACGAAGACAUCAUGGAGGUUGACCAGGACGACGACAAGGAGAAUGUUGAACCAAAGUAUCUGCAUGGAGUCCAGGGCGCAAGCAUGCAUGUUAUUGGACGCAACGACGUUAUCAUCCAGCAAGAACGAUCCGAGGCUCUGCUAAAGCACUAUCAACACAAGACUCCAGUAACUUUAUACCACGAUGGUGGCCAUUAUCUGCCCUCGAAUGCAGCCAGCCGACAGGCAUACAAGUCAUUUGUACAGUCAUUCAUAUAGAUCUUCCUUUCGCACCAUACACCAUUGCCCCCCAUAGAUACUACAGCACUGUGGACCAUACAUACGAAAUAAAAGAAAUCCCUUGUUUAGAG